AUGGGGCAUGUCAGGUUGUCCGAGGAUCCUCGCAUCUCAGUCCUCGUGCUAGAAGCGGGCGCAUCGAACACGGGCGUGCUUGACUCAGAAGUACCGCUCCUGGCGGCGCGCCUCUGGGGAACUCAGUACGACUGGAAUUACACGACCGUGCCCCAGCCAGGCUUGAAUGGUCGACAGAUCCCAUACGCCCGUGGCAAGCUGCUCGGAGGGAGCAGCUCCAUUAAUCUUAUGGUGUAUACCAGGGGAUCGGAUGACGACUGGAACAAGUACGCAGAGCUAACUCAAGACGAAGGAUGGAAUUGGAACAAUGUUCAAACCUACUUCCUUCGCAAUGAAGGGUUUAUGGCUCCAAGACCGACCAAAUAUGAUCCCCGUUACAAUCCGCGCGUUCACUCCUACUCUGGUCGCGUCAGCGUCAGCUUGCCGGAGUUCCUAUGGCCCCAAGUUACUCACGUGCAAGAAACACUCAAUUACCUCCCGGUGGAGUAUCCAUUCAAAUUGGAUUACAAUGACGGGAAUCCCUUGGGAGUCGGCUGGGUUCAGGCCACGAUUGACAACGGGGAGCGCAGUAGCUCUGCAACUGCGUAUCUUCCUAAGGAAGUUCUCUUACGCAGGAACCUCCACAUUGUGUUACGUGCUCAAGUUACGAAAAUUCAGUCAAGAAGUUCGGAUAAUCCGCCGCGAUUUGAUGCUGUUGAGUUUGCAUCGAAUGAUAUUGACACUCGACAUAUCUCGAUUGCCAGUAAGGAGGUUAUACUUGCUGCUGGGACGUUCAAUACGCCACAGCUACUCCUCCUGUCCGGUGUCGGUGAUCCAGUGACAUUAUCGAAUCUCAACAUCACUCCCGUUAUCGAUCUGCCUGACGUUGGGCAGCACGUAUCUGAUCAACCCCUCGUGGCCCUUCCGUGGACGGUAAACACGAACUUAACGUUCGCGAAAUUCCUCGACAACCAAACGAAUUUCGACGCGGCACUUGCCGAGUGGAACGCGAGCAGGACUGGCCCGUUUGCAUUCUCUGGCUCCACACAGGUGGCCUGGCUACGCGUAGCAGAUCGAGAUCCAAUAUUCGCCAAUGCGCCCGACCCAUCUUCAGGGCCGCAUUCCGCGCAUUAUGAAUUUCUCUUCUCGAGCGGAUUUACUGCUAACCCACCGGGUCCUGGGAACUUCUUCACUAUCAAUACGGCGCUGAUAUCUCCCACAUCACGAGGAACCAUCACGAUAAACUCCUCGGAUCCGUUCCACCCGCCGGUCAUCGAUCCCGGACUCUUGGCCAGCGAGUUUGAUGCCCAGAUCAUGUUGCGCGCCAUUAAAUCAGCUCGUCGCUUUGUCGAAGCAACCCCCGCAUGGGACGGGUAUAUCAUCUCUGAGUUUGGCGCUUUUAAGAAUGCUUCGAAUGAUGUCGAAAUCAUUGCAUAUGCACGCGCUAACGCAAGAACGAUCUGGCAUGCAGUAGGGUCUUGUCGGAUGACAGCCAGAGAUGCGGUCAGCGGAUGCGUGGACCCUGACCUCAAAGUCAAAGGGGCACAGGGAUUGCGCAUCAUCGACGGCAGCGUCUUGCCAUUUAUUCCCAGUGCUCAUACUCAGGUUCCCAUCUACAUCAUAGCGGAACGUGGUUCUGACCUGAUCAAGAAUGAAUGGGGUCUUUCAUAG